AUUUUUUAGUGGUUUUAGUUCUGUCGACAUCAUUAACAAUUUCUAAUACGAUCGGAACAAUGAUUAAGCCGUCGCAUACUAUGCAGUAUCGAAUGGCCAGGAACGGCGAAGUGAUUAUCAAGAAACCAUUAACAUUAAUUUAUCGUCAUGAAUGGAAUGCAUUUAACUUAAAAAAAAUGCCUGAGGUAAUAGAUAUUAUUCCAGCUCCGUAUGUUAUGAUAUAUCAGUCGGGUACUGAAACAUGCUUUACAAGAGAUACUUGUGAUCAAAUAGUCCGAGAUCUUCAAGCAAUGAAACUCUUCAUAAAUGAUGACGGGGAACAGGAUAUUAUGUACAAUUUUCUUAUCAGUGGCAACGGUAAUGUGUACAUUGGACGCGGAUGGAACGCCGUGGGUAAUCAUACGUUUGGAGUCAACAGAAAGAGCGUUGGCAUCGCGUUAAUAGGAACAUUUAACGACCAAAAACCAAGUGAACAACAAAUUUUUGCUCUCAAAGAUCUCAUCCAACUUGGGGUGCAAACAGAUAAAAUUCGUGAAAAUUUUGAAUUUUAUAAUUACCCUCGAAUGAAUUUACACUUUAAACACGCAAAGGAAUUAUUUAGCAUCUCACAAAUCGUAGAUAAAAAUGAAAAAUAAAUGGCACCAAAUGUAUAUAUAUAUAUAUUGCUUUAAAUAGUUUUAUAGGAAUAACAUAUAAUACAUGUAAU